AACAAAGGCCGUGGAGUUGAAUAAACGGAACGGGGUUGAUAAAUGGCGGAUUCCAAAGCAACAAAAGUAAAGCGGAUUUAAGGAGUUUGUUGAGGUCCGGGUUCUUAACUAAUGUUUCCAAUUUCCAAGUUCCAACACCUACAUAGACGCUUUUGUCUGUGUCUGCGAGUGAGUGAGUUUAGUGGGAGAAAGCUAGAGAGAGAGAGACGCACACAGAGAGUGAGGAGGAAGACUGUGAGUGAGAAUGGGGAAAUCUACUUCUUCUUGCUUCAAAAUUAUUACAUGUGGUAGCGAUUCAGCGGAGAAAGAUGAUCUUGAACUUGCUGAGAGCAAGGGUCCAAGCGAUAAACGUGGGUGGAGUUUCCGCAAGAGAUCUGCCCGUCAUCGUGUGCUAAGCAACACUGUAAUAACUGAAACCCCCGCUUUUGGGAAUAAGGAAGGUCCAGACUCUGCUACUCCAAACUUUGAAGCACCAGCUGACACCAAUGUUCCUGAGAAAAUCACUGUGUUACAUUGCAAUUCUGAGAAAUCCCAAUUGCCGACUCCAGUCAAUCCCAAAGAUUCUAUAACUCUCCUUGAAGUUACCACUGAAAGUGAGGCUCAGACAGAUGACAAACUGGAUGAGGCUGUUGUCAUUGCAAUCCAGACUGCCGCCAGAGGCUUCUUGGCUCAGCGAGCACUGCUAAAACACAAAAAUGUAGUCAAGUUGCAAGCUGCUGUUCGAGGUCAUUUGGUUCGUAAGCAUGCUGUUGGAACUCUACGUUGUGUUCAAGCCAUUGUGAAAAUGCAAGCUCUUGUUCGUGCUCGCCAUGCUCGGCUAACUGUGGAGGGACCAUGUCAAAAUUCAGAUGGGAAGAAGCAAGAAACUUCAGCAAACAAAUCAAGUGGGACAAGCGCUGGCAUGGAGAAGCUACUUAGCAAUAAAUUUGCUCGCCAGCUUCUGGAAUCAACUCCCAAGACCAAACCAAUUGAUGUCAAGUGCGACCCUUCAAAAUCUGAUUCUGCUUGGAAAUGGUUGGAGAGGUGGAUGUCUGUCUCAACAGUGAGUGCUGCUGUGUCAAAGAACGAAGUGUCAGUUACAGAGCAGCAAGGAGAGAAGAAUGAAAAUUUUGAGUCUCUAUUGGAGGACACCACUGUAGAACCUGAAGUUAUUUGUGAGUCAAUGGACUCAAAGUUAAGUGUUCAUGAAUCAGCUGUGCAAUCUGAAAGUGAAGACAAUCUAAUUACUUAUGAGGCAGACGAAUUUGACUUUCAGGCUGGCCAUUCUUCCACUUCUUCGGCCAGAGACAAUUUGGAGCAGCCUCAGCAAGAGCACACAAGGACAUCUGAUGUGAAAGUGACCUCAGUAGAGAUAAAUUCUAUUAAAAAAGAAUAUGUGCAAUCAGAUGUAGAUUCUCAACUGGAGAACAAUUCUCUUUCUGGUGGACCUGAAACAGAAGCUGAACAACCAAAGCGUUCAAUGAAAAGACUUGCCACAGAUGAAUUAGAGACUGAGAGCAAGAAAUUUGUCUAUGGAUCAAAGAAGACAAGUAAUCCUUCAUUUAUGGCCGCCCAGUCAAAAUUUGAAGAGCUGAGUUUAGGUGUUAAUCUGGGUCAGCCUAUGAGUUCAUCCAAUCAAGAAUCUGGGGACGAAUCACACAAGGACACAUUUUCUUUUGAGGCACAUUCUGAAAUUAGGACCAAGGAGGUUGUUGUUAUGGAAAGUCCAGUUCAUGGAUCAAGGCUUCAAAUUGGUGGCUCAGAGUGUGGCACUGAACUCUCUGUAACUUCAACUCUUGAUUCACCAGAUAGGUCUGAUAUUGUAGCCAUAGAACGUGAACCUGAAGCCAAAGUUUCAGAUGAAGAGAUUUGCAAUCCUAAUCCUAAUAACAUCGUGGAAAAUUUAGAUCUGAAGGAAAUUGAUGUUCCUACAAUCCCAGAAUCUAACUUGUCUCAUUCAAUCCCAGAACAGCCUGAAAAUCUUGAUGUUGUGCAUGGUGAUUCUGUUAGUUCUGUGAUUACUGUGAACUCCCCUCCAAUGGAGCUGAAUCCGGAGAGAAAUACAUCUGAUUUUCAGAGAGAAUCGGAGUACCACUCUAUCACAGGUGCUCAAGCACACGCGUUAUCUCCGCAAGCUUCUCCAAGAAGCCAUAUGACUGCUGCUGAAUCCCAAGGAACACCUGCUAGUCAUAUGACUGUUGCUGAAUCCCAAGGAACACCUGCUAGUUAUAUGUCUGUUUCUGAAUCCCAAGGAACACCUGGUAGUCAGGUUUCAGUGAAAGCCAAAAGAAAUAGAUCUGGCAAGAGCAGGUCUGAUCAGAAACGUGAGUCCCUGUCUGCUAUUAAGAAGUCACCCUCUAAUGCAAGUCAUGAGUCUGGCUCAAGAAGUAGCAUGGAAAAAUUGCCUAAAGACCAGAAAAAUGGGAAGCGACACAGUUCUUUUGUUGCAACGAAGCUCGAGCAUAGUGAACAAGAACCUAGAGACAGCAGCAGCAACAGUUCUAUCCCCCACUUUAUGCAAGCAACGGAAUCUGCUAGAGCAAAGCUCAAUGCAAAUAGUUCUCCAAGAUCCAGUCCUGAUGUGCAAGACAGAGACAUUUACAUCAAGAAGAGACAUUCUUUGCCUGGUACAAACGGAAGGCAGGGAUCUCCUCGUAUCGAAAGGUCUACGUCUCAAGCACAGCAGGGGACUAAGUCAAAUGAGAGAAAAUGGCAGAGGUGAGGAUUGGUCAGACCUACGUUUAAAAGAAAACGCAAAUGGUAGCAGAACACCAGUCCUUAACACGCAAUUUGAAGUCGUUAGUUGAUCUUACAUUGACUGGUAGCUAGCUACUUUUUUUUAUACUCCAGCCUCUUCUGUGUGAACCAUGCGCCUCAAUCUAUUAAUCCACACAAAGUUCCUAGGAGUGAGUCUUUCUAUAUAUAUGGGACACUGAGUGAGGUUUUGUGUACAUUUCUACUGUUACCAGUUACCACUACCAUUAUUUUAUAAUUAUUAUUAUUAUUUUUUAAAAUGUAACUUUCUCCAAAUUCUAUAUUUUGAAUUGGGUGUUAUAUUAGUAGGUUUGGUAUAGACGCAUUUGGCCAUUUGCUUGAGGCAACUAUAAGGUGAAGAGCUUCUACAAGGCUUCCUUCCCGGGUGUCAUUGUAAUAAUAAAUUGGAUAUUAAUUCUCUA